AAUCCUCUACCCGGCCCUCUACCACUACCAUUCGUUGGAAAUCUCAUAUUUUAUUCUAACGAUCUUAUUGUCGCAUUUAGUAAGCUGCAAACAAAAUAUGGUGAUUUCUUCGAAUUCUACAAGGCAAAUAAACGUUAUAUCUGUUUACUUAAUGAGGAUUUAGUAAAGGUAAUAAUGAAACCGGCAAUCAAUAGUAAUUUUCAUUUUCGUUCGGAUGAAAAUAAUGGGUUAAGAGAAUUAGGACGCCACGAAUACGGAAUUUCUUUUAAUGCGGAUUAUAAUAAAUGGAGAUAUUAUCGAAAAUUCUUCUCGCAAACUUUGUUAACUCCAUCAUUCUCCAGGCAAGCAUUGAUCUGCGCGCAAGCAGGUUUUGAGGAAAUGAGUAGAUAUUGGGAUUUAUUGGGAGAGGAAGCUAUCAUAGAUUUUCCAGAAUGGAUGAAAAGAUAUUUUAUGGAAAUAAUUGUGGUCACUACUAGUAGUAAACCAGCCCAUGCUUUAUCCAACUUCUAUAAAAGACUAUCUAAUAAGAAAAUGGACAGUGUGGCCAACGAAACUGAAGAGUUCAUGGAAGCCGUUCAACAUUUAAAUGAAAUAACUUAUUG